ACGAUCUUCCCUGGAACAUCCGGAAAUUCAUAAAGAAUCAGCUCGUAAAUUUCCGGUUUGCGGAAGACCUACGGGAAAUGUCUCCAUGGUCCCGCAGCUCUUGGUCUCACACCGAUUUGCUCAGACUUCGCGAAGGAAUGGUAGCAGCGCAGUUUUGGUCGGCCUAUGUUCCGUGUUCCACUCAGCAUUUGGACGCGGUGCAACUGGCAUUGGAACAGAUUGACGUCAUCCGACGGCUGGUGGCAAAGUACCCCACUUACAUGACCUUGGUGACAACCACAGAAGGCAUCGAGAGAGCACACGAGUCCGGUCUAUUGGCCAGCCUCAUCGGAGUGGAAGGGGGUCAUGCCAUAGGCACGAGCCUCGGGGUCUUGCGAAUGCUGUACCAACUGGGGGCGCGCUAUCUCACCCUGACGCACACCUGCAACACACCUUGGGCAGACUGCUCAAUAGCGGACGAGCCGGGUCACCUUCCAAACAUCGGCGGCCUCUCGCCGUUCGGAACGCUAGUGGUACGGGAGAUGAAUCGACUGGGCAUGAUGGUGGAUCUGUCCCACGUGUCAGUACCAACAAUGCUAGAUGCUCUGCGGAUGAGUCGGGCCCCCGUUAUCUUCUCUCAUUCCUCUGCGCAUGCGCUUUGCAACAGUUCCCGUAAUGUGCCUGACCACGUCCUCAGAUUAUUGGCUGAGAACGGUGGUCUCAUGAUGGUGGCCUUCUACCCUCAUUUCAUCAGCUGCAGCGAAUCGGCCACGCUUCAAGACGUUGUCGGUAAGUAAAGCGGACAUUGCUGU